AUGAGCGUGGAGGCGCAGAAGACCUACUAUCUGGUGGACAAGAAGCCCUUCUUCAAGCACUUCUACCCCAAGGAUGUGGCAAUCUUGGCUGUGCGCUCGACAGCUAUGCAAGGUCUGAUGGUCUUCAACGCGUACGUGGCGUCGCUGGACCUGGAGCUGUCAGACGAGGAGUUGAGCGAGGACGAAUUUGAGGAUGUGGAUGCUGCGGCGGAGGACAAGGAGGAGUUCGUGCCUCCCUCCAUGGAGGAGUUCAGUCUCGCCAGCGCCAAGUCCUUCGGCAAGUCGCUGAGUAUCACCACGUACGUACGCUCGCUCGAGGAGGUGGCGAUUCGUAUCUGCCGACCUCGAAUUGUCAGUAAGCUCAUCAAAGACAUCAGCAAGUCAGCUAUGCGUAAGUACGCGCGUACGUCUAGCAGGAUGACGGCUGCGGCGUUGAUGGUCAAGACGGGUAUGCGCGCUAACAUUCUGAGCCACCUCGCGAUCUUCCUAGUUGAGGAGACUCAGCAGCUUGUGAUCAUUCUGUACCGACGCUUCGUGGCACGAAAAGGUGGCAAGAAGACCAAGAAGAAUCUGCGGUCGAUUGAGGAGGGCAUUCAGAGCAGCAGCAGCGACGAGGAAGAAGAUACACUCUCAACGUUCGUGUCCAACACGGGUCGUAACGCCACUCGCUCUGCGCUGGCUGUCAUCACGGGCGGCGUUGGCGCUGCCGUGGGUACGGUUGUGCGACCAGGUAUCGGCACGAUGAUCGGUGGUACACUAGGCGAUACCAUCGGAUACGUGUUGUUUUAG